CCCGUCUUCUCAUCAUGUCCCGCGCAGUGCGGGCACUAAGACCCGCUUGUGCGCUGGCAGGCCCGUCCCGCCUCGCACUAUCACCGCCGAAAGUCGCGGUAGCGGCACGGCGCUGGACCUCCUUCCUCCCCGCCGCUUCAGAACCUCUGAAGCGACGCCCCACAGCCAAAGCACGCUCGACGCCCGACACGCCCGCAAAGCCAAGAAAGCAGAAGAGCGCGCAGGAAAUACCCGCCGCCCACGACCCAGCUGCGCCUCGCGCCGACCCGCCCUCCGCUCCACUCACCCUACGCCCGUACCAGACUGAGGCAAUCGACGCGUGUCUCAGCGCGCUCGCGCGCGGAUGCCGGCGCAUCGGCGUCUCGUCGCCCACAGGCAGCGGCAAGACGACAAUGUUCAUGCACCUCAUCCCGGCUGUGCCGGGGGUGGACGAUGUCGCAGCCCACCGCCGGAAAGAGGGGAGGCCAUUAGUUGGCGCGGGGCCAGGUGAGGGCCAAACUCUGAUACUCGUAGGCUCCGUGGAGCUUGCGGAACAGGCGCUGGCUGUUGCGCGCCGCCUGCUGCCUGAAUGGAGCGUGGAGCUCGAGCAGGCCAAGCAUGUCGCCUCGGGGUUCGCUGAUAUCACCGUCGCGACUUACCAGACACUUUCUAAUCCUGUCCGUUUGCGCAAGUUCAACCCCGCGCGCUUCAAGCUUGUCAUUGUAGACGAAGCUCACCACGCCGCCGCUAAAUCGUAUCUUCGGCUCUUACACUACUUCAACGCAGGCGUGUCGCUCCCGUCCGACGUCGACCCGUAUGAGACUCUUGACGACUCUCCAGACGUUCCAAUAGUGGGGUUUUCGGCGACAUUCAGCCGACACGACACACUCGCGCUCUCGGCCGCGUUUGAGGAGAUCGUGUUUCAUCGCGAUGUUGGAAACAUGUUGGAGGAGGGAUGGCUGUCGCCCGUCAAGAGCACGGCGGUAUAUGCUGACUUGCAACUCGGCGAUGUUGAAACAACGUCCACGGGCGAGUACGCAACAGCAUCGCUUGCAAAUCACGUCAACACGCCCGCAGUCAACCUUCUCAUUGUGCGGACCUAUCUCCAUCGCGCAGCCGACCGCCGCUCGACACUGGUCUUCGCCGUCAACCUGCAGCACGUGGCCGACCUCGUGGCGGCGUUUCGGACCGCCGGUGUCGACGCGCGCAGCAUAACUUCCGCCAUGCCCGCGGGAGCACGACGAGACGUCAUGGAGGCGUUCCGUAAUGGCGAGUUUCCCGUGCUCGUCAACUGCGAGGUACUCACCGAGGGCGCGGAUGUGCCGGAGAUUGACUGUGUCGUGCUCGCGCGCCCGACGCGAAGCAAGAAUCUUCUGGCACAGAUGGUCGGGCGAGGACUCCGCCUCUCCCCCAGCACAGGGAAGCAGGACUGCUACCUCAUCGACAUCGCCGACAACAUCUCGCGCGCAAGCGGCAUGCUGGUCUCACCAACGCUUUUCGGCCUCACCCAUGAGGAAGUGGCGGACGAGCGCGAACGGGCUGAAGCCAAGGCGGCGAGGGCGUCUGCAACGCCGGCCGUCUCCACGCCCACCAAAAUCCGAAUGGUGGACAUAUCGGACCCGUUCGCAUUGAAGUCGCCUAAGCAAGUGCAUAUUCCGGCACUAUCACACCUGUCCUGGGUGCAUUGCGGGCAGGGCAAGCACGUUCUGGAACUCAUGGGAAGCGGCCAUCUCACCAUUGAGCCCAUCGACGACAAAUGGAGCGUAAGCCUGACCCCGAAGCUGCCGCGCAUCGGCGGUGUGCCGCGCCGAGGCAGCCCGUACGGUCGCGUCGUACAGCUCGCAUACGCGGACGACGCGGAACGCGCCGUGCGCACAGCGGACGCGUACGUCGAGCGGCGCAUGGCACGCAAUAGCCUACAACAACUGAGCGAGUUUGCGCCGUGGCGGGCGCGCCCCGCGACCCAGAAGCAGAUCAGUAUGCUGCUCAAGAUCAAGGGCAUCAAAGGUGAAGGCGACGCACGGAUCACGAUCGGCGGGACGGCGAUCGAUGUGUCGUCGCUGACGGCGGGGCAGGUCGGGGCACUGGUAUGUGCGGCGCAGCAUGGGGGACUGGGCACGCGGAAGCGAGCGGAGGAGCGGGCGGCGGCGGCGGAGGCCAAGGCGGCGCGGAAAGCGGAGAGAGAACGGGCUGUGGCGGAGCGUAAUUUGCGUCUGCCGGGAGAAGAGCGUUGAUUAUUUUUGUGUAGCAUAUUUCGGGAGAUGUCUUGGAGAUUUAUCGAUGGCCGUGAUUCUGG